UGAUUUUUGUACAUAAGGUAUAAAAUUUUUAUUAUUUUUUUUCCUGUGUUCUCACAUCCUGGAAACUAUAUUGACUUUAUAUAUAUAAAUGUCUUCUUAGGUAAAUAAUAAAGAAUGCCCAAUGCUAGAAUUAUUUCAGGAAACAAAUUUUAUCAAUGUUCAGUGUGUUCAAAAGAAUUUGUACAAAAAUCUCAUUUAGUGACACACACGAGAAUUCAUACAGGAGAGAAACCUCACCAUUGUUCUGUAUGUUUAAAAUGUUUUUCUCAGAAAGCUCAUCUGAUGCAGCACAUGAGAAGCCAUAAAGAUGAAAAACCAUUUCAUUGUACAGAGUGUCUUAAAGACUUCAAAUUCAAAUCAUCUCUUAAUGUUCACAUGAGAGUUCAUACUGGAGAGAAGCCACAUAAAUGCACAUUAUGUUCAAAAUACUUUUCACAAAAUUCGCAUCUAAUUCGCCACAUGAGAAUUCACACAGAGAAGAAGCAAUUCAAGUGUUCAAUUUGUCUCAAGGAAUUUAAGAGUAAAUCAUAUCAAUUACUUCACAUGAGAAUGCAUUCAGGAGAGAAACCACAUCAGUGCUCAGUAUGCUUCAAAGACUUCUCACAAAAAUCACAUGUGAUACAGCACAUGAGAGUCCAUAGACAAGAGAAACCCUAUAAGUGCUCUGUUUGUCUCAAACUGUUUAAAAGUAAAGCAUAUAUAAAGAUUCACAUGAGAGCUCACAUAGGAGAGAAAUCAUAUCGGUGUUCAGUAUGUCUCAAAGACUUUAAAAAUAAGUCAUACUUAAAACUUCAUAUGAGAGUUCAUACAAAAGAGAAGCCAUAUAAAUGUUCAGUGUGUUCAAAAGACUUUUCAUUAAAAACUAUUCUAAUACAGCACAUGAGAGUUCAUUCAGCUGAGAAACCAUACAAAUGUUCACUAUGUUCAAAAGAAUUUACACAAAAACAUCAUUUAGUAGAGCAUACAAGAAGUCAUUCAAAUGAAAAAUCAUUUAAGUGUUCAGAGUGUUUAAAGGCCUAUAAACAUAAAUUAUCUCUCACACUGCACAUGAGAGUUCAUACAGGAGAGAGACCAUACAAGUGUUUGAUAUGUUCGAAAGGCUUUACACAAAGAAAAUUUCAAAUACAACAUACAAGAACUCACACAGGAGAGAAGCCACAUCACUGUUCAGUUUGUUCCAAAGAGUUUUCACAAAAAUCACAUUUGACACAGCACAUGAGAAUCCAUACAGGAGAGAAACCUUACCAGUGUUCAGAGUGUCUCAAAUGUUUUACAUUUAAAUCAUCUUUAGUUCUUCACUUGAGAGUUCAUACUGGAGAGAAACCUUACCAGUGUUCAGAUUGUCUCAAGAAAUUUAAGCAUAAAUCAUACUUAAUACAUCACAUGAGAAUUCAUACAGGAGAGACCCCAUAUCAGUGUUCAGUGUGUUUCAAGAACUUUAAACUUAAAUAUUAUUUAGUACAGCACAUGAGAGUUCAUACUGGAGAAAAACCACAUACCUGUUCACUGUGUCCAAAAGGUUUCUCACAAAAAGCACAUUUAAAAAAACACAUGAGAGUUCACACAGGAGAGAAACCUUAUCAGUGUUUGCACUGUCUCAAAAACUGUUCAAGUAAAUUAAAUCUGAGUCUCCAUAUGAGAAUUCAUUCAGAAGAGAAACAGUCUUUAACAAACCCAGAAUAGAAGAAUGUAACAAAUAAUUUUACAGUGGAACCUCGGCUUAUGAAUUUAAUCCGUUCCGUGACCUUGUUUGUAUCCUGAUUUGUUUGUAUGCCAAGUCAGUUUUUCUCAUUUAAAUUAUUUGAAAUGCAAUUAAUCCGUUCCAGCCUCUCAGGAGGCAUGACAAAAUAAUGCUAAUAUCAACUCUGUGGCUUAGUUAUCUAUCACAUUUUAUCUAAUAUGACAUAAUAAACAAUAUUAAUAACAUAGAAACAUGAUAUAUACUCUAGUAUGAAUAAAAUUGACCAUAAUAUGGCAAGUGAUCGCAAUGCCAGCAGUGGCAGAAAGCAUCCGCCAUUUACUCUCCCAUUCUAGUAUCUUCCCAGCCCAUAGCCCCACACCUAGCCUGUGUUUAUCUAUGAUUAGUGGUGAGGAUGUCACAUAUGUAAAUGCAGGUGUGGUCAAGAUAGAUGUAUAUAUAGGUGAAGACAUGAUCACUGUGGCCCCAGUGGUUGUGGUGGUGGCGGCCACAGUGGUGGUCGUGGUGGUGGCGGCCAGCUGCCCCACUCUAUGCUGCUGCUUUCUUCGUUUCUCUAUUUUUUUCAUAGUUUCUAAUCGCUUCUUGCUGAUUGUACGCAAAUACUGUCUCUUUGAGCGAGGCAUUGUGUAAGAAAUUUAUACAGUAUAAGACAAAAUUACACAUCCCAAGGUCUGCUGCGGUCACUCAGAGCAGCACACCUCCUAUUCCUUUUGACACUUGGUCGGCACUGAGAUAGCCGUGGUUGCAGCAGUUGUACCUACAGCCACCCAGAGGGUUACCAAUUUCUGUUUUGAAGCAUUUGGCACAAAAUUAUAAAAAAAAAAAAAUUAAAAAGUCUAAAAAUGACAGCAUAUUAUUAUAAUUACACCUACCAUCCGACUUACGACCUGCUCAACUUAAGACCACUCGACUUACGACCGUGUUUUUUUUUGCCAAAUUUCUGGGAAAUAAACAACUAUUUGUGUUGUACACAGUGUUUAUCCUAAACCUUACAGUAUAAAAUACAGUACUAACAGCAUAAAAAGUAAAGUAAAACAUGAAAUACCUAAAUAAAACAAUAAAAUAAAGUCAUUACAAAAAUGUGAUGUUGAUAUUCAGUAGUAAAGUUCGACUUACGUCCAUUUCGACUUGGGACCAGUUUCUCGGAACUGAA